CAAGUUUUCAGUGAAGCUUCAGAUAGGGAGCAGGUAACAUUUAACUGUCUGUGCUGCAAAGCGUGGAAAGUGGAUGAUGUCAAUACAGAAUGUGAGGUUCUACAUCUUGUCAUCAUCAGUAGAUGUCCGGGAACAAUGUAAGUGUAUAACUUGUACACUGUGGUAGAAUGUAAUUCCAUGUUGGAUAAGUUUAUUUCAAUUAUCAAACAGCGAUGCAGUAUUUAUGCUGGAAAUGUCAUCCAGUUGUUAAUAUUCCAGGCAUGCUGUAUUAGUCCACGGAGAUCUUCAAAAACAGCUGAUUAAUUUCAAGAAAGUUGUGGGAUAAUUUUUUUAUUCUGUCACUAAAUCCCUUAACGAGUAGCUUUGAUAUGUGUUAGUCAUUUUUAUUGGAACAUUGUUCAUUUCAGUUGUGGCUUUCAAAAAUAUUCUCUACAAGUGAAGGUUCCUAUAUAUCUAGACGAGAGUUGUGUUAGAAUUUUUGCAUAAUUUCCGUAUCCUAUGAAUUCAAAAAAAUCAGACUCCUUAGACUUUUGGUGUGUAGAUGAAGUGGUUCGUAAGACGAAGUCGACUGUCCUUGUACUUGAGUCUUUGAAAUCGGAGCAGCAGCAAAUAUCUACGGAGUUAAAUUCAGCAGAGAAACCAGAGGGGGAUAGUGAAUGUGAAGCUAUAUACGUCACAGAAAAGUCAAAUGGUUUAGAAUCGAUUAUCAAGAAUAUAUCUAAAGGUCUGGAAGAUGCCGGCGAUCUUAUGAUUUCUUGUGACUAUCUCCAAAAAGUAGAAGCGGAGAAGCAAAAGUUAAGGUACCAAGCCCGACGUCUUUUCCAAGAAAAUGCUUGGUUGAGGGAUGAACUUGCUGCUGCUCAAGAUGCCCAUAGAAAGAGUGAACUUAAAAUUGUCCAACUCGAAGAGCAAGUCAAGGGCCUCCAGUUUUACAAUGAGCUUCGGAAGUUUGAUUCUUCCGAACCUGUGGAUUCUUCAGGAUUAGCUGAUGGUGAUAAAAACGAAAGGACUGCUUUGGACCUCGGCUUUCCUCCAGAUGAUAAGGAAGAGGGCGAUCAGUAUGGAAUGUCACAAAGUCAAACGGUAUCCAUGACUCAAGGUGUUCAUAACUAUGAGAUUCCAACACGUUUGCGAACGCUGCACAAUUUGGUUAUUCAGUAUGCUAGUGAGGGUCGUUAUGAGGUUGCAGUUCCGCUGUGCAAGCAAGCUCUGGAAGACCUAGAAAAGACCAGUGGACGUGAUCAUCCCGAUGUUGCAACAAUGUUGAAUAUCUUAGCACUUGUGUAUCGCGAUCAAGGUAAAUAUAGAGAGGCGGCAACUUUGCUAAAUGAUGCUUUGACUAUCCGAGAAAAGACUUUGGGUCCUGAUCACCCCGCUGUAGCCGCAACAUUAAACAAUCUGGCUGUGCUCUACGGUAAACGCGGGAAGUAUAAAGAAGCAGAACCAUUGUGUAAGAGAGCAUUACUGAUAAGAGAAACUGUUCUAGGACAGGACCAUCCAGAUGUUGCAAAACAGUUAAAUAAUUUGGCUUUGCUGUGUCAAAAUCAAGGGAAAUAUGAAGAGGUGGAGUUAUAUUAUCAACGUGCUUUAGAAAUUUAUAUGCAUGAUCUUGGACCAGAUGAUCAAAAUGUAGCCAAAACUAGAAAUAAUUUGGCUUCAGCCUAUCUGAAACAAGGCAAGUAUGCUGAAGCAGAGAAAUUGUACAAAGAAGUUCUUACACGAGCUCAUGAAAAGGAAUUUGGAAAGGUUACUGAUACUAAUAAACCGAUUUGGAUGAUCGCAGAAGACUGUCAGUCAGCUCAAUCAUCAAAUAAUACACAAAAAGAUAUAAAGGAAUCUGCUCAAUCGAUGUGGGCACGUAUUUCUCGUUCAGAAAAUCCAACUGUGGCUACAACACUGCGAAAUCUGGCUGCCCUUUAUCGUAGGCAAGGGAAAUUUGAAGCUGCUAACAUAGUAGAAGAAUGCGCUAUCCAGUGCAAAGGACCGUCUGCUGUUGUUAAUCCUACUGGGGACGAACUGGAACAUAACCCACGAUUUCCAGCCAAAGAUCAAUAUCCUAAACGAUGCUAUCCACGGCAUUCCUAUCAACGUGUUGAAGAUCGAUCCAUGAUCACUUCAUCACGUAGUCUUCUUGGACCUCCAAAUGGUUAUCCUAUCAAUAAACGAUCACUUCCUUCUGCCCGAGGUGGUUUCAGCAUGAAAAAAGCUCAGUCAAUGUCAACGCUUCCAGGAAGCUGGAAUCAUAAGGUGUCUUAUAUGCAGCAAGAAAGGCUUCGACAAAAUCGUGGUACAAAAGAAUCUUAUUCCCGGGAUAGUCAUACUUCUUAUAAUGGUAAUAGUAUAAUAACUAACAGUAAUCAUAAUGAUUAUUAUUUCCCCUUUGCUGGAUAUGGUACACAAUCUCAAUAUAUAUCUGAUUUUAAUCCACCAGUGGACAACAAUUGAAAUCAUUAACACAGUUGUUUUCCCCUUUCAUUUGUUUGUUCUCUCUCUCUCGCUGUCUGUCGUCUAUCUGUGCGUGUUUCGUGGUUUCAUCAUUGAAAAUUGUUUUGUUUCAUUUCAGCGUUUUAGGUUAAACUUCCAUUUGUCUGUUUCUGUGUGUGUGUGUGCGUCUUCUCCGUAUUACAUGCUCAUUUCUACCUCUUAACAAUUGUAACAAUAGUUCUUGUAUCAUCUGGAUAUUAUAUGCUUAUAUAUUUACAUAUGUGUGUAUGUAAUUUGCCCUAUAUAUAUACAUAUGUUCGCGUCGAUGUGAAGGAGGAGGUUCGAAUGUGAUUGCUUUAUUUCUGUCAGUCACCACGUUUUUACAUCGUUAGUCUGCCUUCGGUUUGCUGCAAUUGUCAUCUUGUUUCAUCAUAUCGUCAUCAACAUUUAUACAUAUUUUAUUUGUUUUACUACUAUGUGAAUAUUAACUUGUUACUAUUAAUACUAAUAUUAUUUAUUUGGCUGUGAAAUUAUGAAGAUAUCUAUCUAUCUACCUACCUAUACAUACUUAUAUAUAUAUGUACCAAAUAUAUACAAUAUCUAUCUAUCUGUUCAUCCAUUUUGAGAAGUAUUGGUGCAUAUUGACACAUAUACAAGCUGUUGAAGGUGACAUAUCGUCUAUAUGCGUAUGAGUUGCCUUUGUUUGCUUCGUCAUUAUUAUUACUACUACUAUUACUACUAUUAUUAUUAUGAUUAUCAGCAUAAUCAUCAACAUCAUCAUCAUCGUCAUCUUCGGUGCUACUAACUGGAUUUCGCAUAGGAACUGAGUAUUUUAUACCGUAAACUCUUCUUUCACGAAAAAAAAGCACCGCUUUAUGCUGUUCAUUUCAGAGAUGAUUUUCGAAAGAAAAAGACUGAUGGCGAAUAUAUAUAUAUAUAUAUAUAUAAACAGAAACUCUAUUUUCCACUUGACAUAAGUAACUUUGAGUAUAAAUACUGUGUUCCCUCUGUGUAAACUCUUACAUCUUGAUCAUUAUUAUUAUUAUUAAUACAGUUACUAUUUUUUAUCAUUUUAUCAUUCUUUGUGUAUGCAAUACGAAAUGUGCGCCUAAUUUCAUUAUUA